AUGUCACGAAUGGAGCGGCCUACUAGUAUAGCACUUUUAGGGGCCACUGGGAAAACUGGGCGAGAAGUCCUACGCGGUUUGCUCAAGAGUACUAUCGCAGAACUAAACAUCUACGCACGGUCAUCCGAAAAAUUACUCAAGAUGUUUCCCACCCUUCGAUCUGACUCUAGGGUGAAUCUACAUAUCGGCAGUAUUCAUGACGAAGAACUAAUCAAGAGGUGUCUCUCCGACGCGCAAGUCAUCAUCUGCACCACAGGAUCCAAUGGGAUGAGCCCCAGCACCAUCAUUCAAGAUUCAGCUUCCGCCAUCUCCGCGGCCUUGCAAUCGCUCAAGCGGUCGGCCAACUCGUGGCAACCACCUCGAGUUCUUCUCUUAUCUUCAUCAACAAAAAAUGAGCGCCUUGCCGCGGCCCGUCCACGGUUUGUGCAUUGGAUGAUCACAACGGCAUUCCGGAUGGGUUACGUUGAUCUCGACGCCGCUCAGGCUAUUCUGUCCCAGGAUCCAUCUCUCCUGUCACUCCUGUCGGUGCAGCCCAAUGUUCUCGUUGAAGAACCCGGGUCUGGUUUCGAGUUUUCGUCGGAUUCUGUCAAACUAGGUUGCUCGUACGAAGACCUCGGCGCGUCUUUCGUACAGUUGGCCUUGAAUACAGAGUACAAGGAGCUGUCCAGGAUCGGUGUCUCGAGCAAAGAAGGAGAUAGGGGCAUCGUCUAUGCUCCCAUCAUACUCUUCCGGAUAUCUCGAGGCUUCUUUGUCAAUUACUUUCCGCUGGGCGUACAUUUGAACCGGCUUUUCGAGCGAGCCAUGCCGCAAUUUGCGUAG